AGCUCAGCGCGGCCUCCUCUCUUUAGUGGCGGAAGAUGGCGGCGUCUGGGCUGGGAGGCCUAUUGCCCGCGCAGAGCCAGCUGGAGUUGGCGCUGGAGGAAGCCACGACGGCUCAGGAGAGAGAAAACCUGGUGUAUCAGCACCUGCAAAAGGUGGAUAGCUGGGAGCAGGAUCUGAAAGUGCCCGAGUUUGGAGCAGAUCUGCAGUGGCUGAAUACCGAAGGUUCUCUCUCUUUGUACAAAGACCUUUGCGGGAAAGUAGUGGUAUUAGAUUUCUUCACUUAUUGCUGCAUCAAUUGCAUCCAUGUGCUGCCUGAUCUCCAUGAAUUAGAGCAAAAGUACUCUGUAACAGAUGGUCUCUUUGUUGUCGGAGUUCAUUCAGCAAAAUUUCCAAAUGAAAAGAUUCUGGAUAACAUAAAAAGUGCUGUUCUGAGAUACAACAUCACUCACCCUGUGGUAAAUGAUGCUGAUGCAACCCUGUGGCAUGAGCUGGAAGUUUCCUGCUGGCCAACCUUGAUCAUCGUUGGGCCCCGUGGGAAUAUGCUGUUCACUGUGGUUGGUGAAGGACACAAGGAGAAAUUGUUUCUAUUUGCAUCCAUAGCCCUGAGGUAUUACAAGGAACAAGGACACAUCAAUGCUAACACAAUCGGAACACGACUCUAUAGAGACACUUUGCCACCUUCACCUUUGUUGUUUCCUGGGAAGGUCACAGUGGACAGCUCGGGGGACAGAUUGGUAAUAGCCGAUACUGGACAUCAUAGGAUUUUGGUGGUGAAGAAAACUGGUCAAAUUCUGUACACUGUUGGAGGACCGGAUAGUGGAAGAAAAGAUGGCACAUUUUCAGAAGCCACAUUUAAUUCACCACAGGGGGUGGCCAUAAAGAACAAUAUUAUUUAUGUAGCAGAUACAGAAAACCAUCUGAUUAGAAAGGUUGACUUGCAGUCAGAAAUGGUGACCACUGUUGCAGGAGUUGGGAUACAAGGCACAGAUAAGGAAGGAGGAGCCAGAGGAGACGAGCAGCCUAUUAGUUCACCAUGGGAUGUUGCCUUUGGAACUUCAGUUUCAGGAACACAUGAAGAUGAUGUUCUAUGGAUUGCUAUGGCAGGUAUACACCAAAUCUGGGCACUCAUGUUGGAGUGUGGAAAACUACCCAAAGGAAGCGAUCUAAAGAAGGGAACAUGCCUCCGGUUUGCUGGGAGUGGAAAUGAAGAGAACCGGAACAAUGCCUACCCCCAUAAAGCAGGCUUUGCCCAGCCUUCUGGUCUGUCUAUUGCUACUGAAGAGCCAUGGAACUAUCUUUUUGUAGCAGACAGUGAGAGCAGCACAAUACGAACAAUUUCCCUGAAAGACGGAGCUGUGAAGCACCUUGUAGGAGGAGAGAGAGACCCAAUGAAUUUAUUUGCUUUUGGUGAUAUCGAUGGAGCUGGGAUAAAUGCAAAGCUCCAGCAUCCCCUAGGAAUCACCUGGGAUAAGAAAAGAAGCCUCCUUUAUGUUGCAGAUUCCUACAAUCAUAAGAUUAAAAUUGUAGACCCCAAAAUGAAGAAUUGUGCUACAUUGGCAGGUACAGGAGAAGCAAGCAAUACAAUUGGUUCCAGCUUCAACUCGUCAACUUUUAAUGAACCAGGAGGCUUGUGUGUUGAAGAGGGAGGGCAUUUGCUGUACGUUGCAGACACAAACAAUCAUCAAAUUAAAGUGCUAGAUUUAGAAACCAAAACCGUUUCACUGCUGCCUCUUCUAAAUUCUGACACAGUGGAUGCUGUAAACGAUCAGAGUAUGCAAAAGCUUGAAAUGGCAAAACCACCAAAGCUGCCUAAAUCUGCCCCAAAUCUUCAGUUGCCAUCACUGACUGUCAGCCCUGGCCAAGCACUUCAGUUUGCAUUGAAGUUAAGCCUCCCUCCAAAUACCAAAUUGACUGAAGAAAUGCCCAGUGCAUGGUUCCUCACAGCAGAAGGUAGCGAGUGGCUGAUACAUGAACAGAAGGCAUUGGGAGAAAUCGAGGACAUUUCCAAACAGCCUGUGAUCCCAUUUCAGAUACCCGCAAUCUGCCUCUCGCCUGAAGUCGUACUGUCCAUUAAAGUGUGCCUUUAUUAUUGUAGCAAGGACAGUAAUGCCUGCAUGAUGAAAGGAAUCUCCUUCACUCAGCCUUUCCACAUAGCGACUGCACACCAAGGAAGCACAACUCUAAUUGAGCUCUUAUAUGCAUUUUGACUGAACUGAAGAAAUAGGAUAAAUUCACUUUCUUAAUUAUUAUUGUCCAAUAUUCUUUUCACUCCAGAAUGCACUUGAAGAUUUCCUUGUAUUUCCUUCACUUUUGGUCUUCCAACAGAGUGCGACUAAUUUUGUCAUAUAUUCCAUUUUCAAGUUCCUCUUGAAAGCCUAUCAGAGAGCUCUGCAAACAUCUGUGCGGAUGAGGUAGAAAUGACUACUGCAUCAUAAAAACUUAAAAUGGUAUUCCUUUAGUACUUUAUUAUAUAAGCAAUAAAUGGACCCAGGUAACUGCAAGAAUAAGGGGAAAGCCCCAUCUUGAAAGAUCAGUCAUAAUGCUGCAAAAUGUUAUAAGACAUUUGCCUUGACAGAAUACUUUUUUCAGAAGUAUAAAAUGGCAGAUUAAAUGUAUUUUUCUGUUUGGAUUUGCCAUCAUAAUAGGAUGUAUUUUAAAAAACUGCAUCAUCUGAAAUGAUCUUGAAAUGCAUUGGUAGUAUUUAUUACAUUAUAUAUAUAUAUAUAUAUAUAUAUAUAUAUAUAUGCGCCUUACAUUUCUGGGUGAGCAUCUAUAACUAUUAGUAAUAAUGACUGCAAAUCUUGCUGCAUUAUGAAGUAGAAUGUAAAUCUACAUUUCAUUGUCUUUCUCUAUUUUUUCAUCUUAUGGGUAUUAUUUACCCCCCCCCCCCCCCC